AUGUCCAGCACCCCGGUGGCCGUGGUGACAGGGGCUAACAAAGGGAUUGGAUUUGCAAUCGUGCGGGCUCUCUGCAAGCAGUUCCAGGGGGAUGUGUACCUGACAGCUCGAGACCCUGGCAGAGGGCAGGCAGCCAUGGCAAAGCUGCAGGAGGAAGGGCUGCAUCCUUUCUUCCACCAAUUGGAUAUCGAUGAUCUGCAGAGCAUCAGAGCUCUCCGUGACUUCCUUAAGGAGAAAUACGGAGGGCUGAAUGUGCUGGUUAACAAUGCAGGGAUUGCUUUCAAAGUUCUUGAUCCUGCUCCGUUUGCAGUCCAAGCAGAGGUUACACUGAAGACUAACUUUUUUGGAACCAGGAAUGUUUGUACAGAAUUGUUGCCUCUUGUGAAGCCUUAUGGCAGAGUGGUGAAUGUCUCUAGUGUUGCAAGUAUCUCAUCCCUGGCAAAUUGCAGCAAAGAGCUUCAGCAGAAGUUUCGCAGUGACACAAUCACCGAGGAAGAGUUAGUGAAGCUCAUGACCAAAUUUGUGGAAGAUACCAAGAACAACACACAUAAGAAGGAGGGCUGGCCAAAUACUGCCUACGGGGUGUCCAAAAUUGGUGUCACAGUCUUGUCCAGGAUUCAAGCACGGAUGAUAAAUGAGAAAAGGAAAGGUGACCACAUCCUUAUCAAUGCCUGCUGUCCGGGGUGGGUGAGAACAGACAUGGCAGGUCCUAAAGCCCCUAAAUCACCAGAUGAAGGGGCUGAGACCCCAGUUUACUUGGCACUUUUGCCUGCAGAUGCUGAUCGUCCUCAUGGCCAGUUUGUUAGUGACAAAACUGUUCGAACCUGGUGAGCUUAUGUGUGGAGCCACGUACAA